AUGAGUUUCAGUCCAUAUUCUUGGAAUGGAGGGACAGUUUUGGCCAUUGCAGGGGAAAAUUUUACCAUCGUUGCUUCUGAUACCAGGCUGAGUGAAGGGUUUUCAAUACAUUCGAGAUCAAGUCCCAAAACAUACAAAUUAACUGAUACAACAGUCCUGGCAUGCACUGGUUGUCACUGUGACGUUUUGACCCUGACAAAAGUUCUCGAAACCAGACUAAAAAUGUACGAGCAUGAGCAUCACACAAAGAUGUCAGCCAAUGCCAUCGCUGCCAUGCUUUCAACCAUUCUGUACUAUAAAAGGUUCUUUCCUUACUAUGCCUACAACAUCAUUGGAGGGAUCGACGAGGAAGGAAAAGGUUGUGUGUACAGUUAUGAUCCAGUUGGUUCUUACCAGAGAGAUCAGUUCAGAGCAGCAGGUACAGGAGGUCCAAUUCUACAACCUCUGCUUGACAACCAGAUAGGUUACAAGAACCAGCAUGGAGUUGAUAAGAAGCCACUAUCAUUAGAGAAAGCAAUUCAAUUAGUGAAGGAUGUGUUCAUAUCGGCAGCUGAGAGGGACAUAUACACUGGAGAUGCCCUCCUCAUCAACAUCAUUACUGCUCAGGGUGUCAGGAAGGAGGAGUUUCCUCUCAGACGUGAUUGA